UCAUGUAAAUAGUCUAUAUAUAUUGUAUACAAAAUAGAAGCACUAAUUAUUGCGGUCAGGAUGUUUGUACCAAAAUUUUUGAAAAAUGCGUGUUUGACUCAAAAUUGAUAAUUUUUGAUGAAAAUUUAUUUAACCGUCUUAUUGGAACAGGUUUGAUUUAAACAGCAAAAGGAUUGAUAACACCAUAGAAGCAAUGUUUGGAUUGUCGAGAUCUUUAUUCUCAGGGUUGUCUCUAGGUGCUAGACCUCUGAUCUUUCCAUCAGUUGGUUCUUUAACCAAUUCCAAUCUCACAAUUUCCAAUACAAUCUUUAUGAGAUUGAAACAUGAAUAUGCUCCAAGAUAUAAAGCCGUUAGAAAAACCAUGAAAGGUAGAGUCAGUGUCAGAACUGGAGGUUCUGUUAAAGGUAAUAGUCUAGAAUUCGGUAAACUUGGUUUAAGAUUGAAAUCAAAGGGGAUCAGAAUGGCAGCUAAUCAAUUACUUGCAGCUGAUAAAGUAUUAAAGAGAGAACUUAGACCAACUCGUUCACAAUUACUUACAAGAUUCACAUGUAAUACCGCAGUCUGUGUCAAAGGUAAUCAAACAAGAAUGGGUAAAGGUAAGGGAGCCUUUGAUCAUUGGGCUUGUCGUUUCCCUACCGGUAAGGUUUUAUUUGAAAUCAGAGGUGAUAUUCAUGAUAAAGUUGCUAGAGAAGCAUUAAGAAAAGCUGCUGAUAAAUUACCAGGAUUAUUCGAAGUAAUAACUCCAGGAACAAAAGUAAGAGUUAGUAUGACACAUUUAAUAGAAAAGCCAGAAUCGGUCAAUUAUGUGGAAAAGUUGAAUGCCACUCCAACUAAAAAAUGGGCAAACUUACAAACUAGUAAAACUGAUCCAAUCUAUAAGUUGUAUAGUGGACGUAAAUAGGUCAAUUUACCACUCUUGUAUAUAUAUAAAGUCAUGUAUUUAAUAUAGAAUAGCAUUCAUUCUUUAACUUGGUGCUGGUAACUAGUGUAAAGCAAUUUGGUGUCAGUGCGUACAGA